ACGGGAGGCGGCAGCCCGCAAAGCCCGGCGCGCGGAUCGCGGGCCCGGCCCUAAGAUGGCUGUUGUGCGCGGGGCGCCGCCGCUGUAGCGCCGCGAGGAGCCGCCCGCCGCGCCCCGCCGCCAUGGAGUGCCCGCACCUCGGCUCCAGCGUCUGCAUCGCGCCCGACUCGGCCAAGUUCCCGCAGGGCUCGCCCUCCUCCUGGUGCUGCAGCGUGUGCCGGUCAAAUAAAAGCCCGUGGGUCUGUCUGACGUGCUCAAGUGUCCAUUGUGGGAGAUAUGUGAAUGGCCAUGCAAAAAAGCAUUAUGAAGACGCACAGAUCCCUAUGACCAAUCAUAAGAAAACAGAAAAACAAGAGAAAGUUCAGCAUACUGUGUGCAUGGAUUGCAGUAGUUACAGUACAUACUGUUAUCGCUGUGAUGACUUUGUAGUGAAUGAUACCAAGCUGGGGCUGGUGCAGAAGGUCAGAGAGCACCUACAGAACUUGGAGAAUUCAGCCUUCACAUCAGACAGACACAGGAAAAGAAAACUACUGGAAAACUCAUCUCUGAACAGCAAGUUACUAAAAGUAAAUGGAAGCACCACUGCCCUCUGUGCCACAGGCCUUCGCAACCUGGGGAACACGUGUUUCAUGAACGCAAUCCUUCAGUCGCUCAGUAACAUUCAGCAGUUUUGCUGUUACUUCAAAGAGCUGCCUGCUGUGGAGCUGAGGAAUGGGAAGACAGCAGGCAGGAGAACUUACCAUACCAGGAGCCAGGGAGAUAACAAUGUUUCAUUGGUGGAAGAAUUCCGAAAGACACUUUGUGCUCUAUGGCAAGGAAGCCAAACUGCAUUUAGUCCAGAAUCCUUAUUUUAUGUUGUUUGGAAAAUUAUGCCAAAUUUUAGGGGAUACCAGCAACAGGAUGCCCACGAGUUCAUGCGUUACCUUUUGGACCAUCUACACUUGGAACUCCAGGGUGGCUUUAAUGGUGUUUCACGUUCAGUAAUUUUGCAAGAAAAUUCUAGCCUGACUGCGAGCAGCAAAUGUUGCAUAAAUGGAGCCUCUACUGUUGUCACAGCGAUUUUUGGGGGCAUUCUUCAGAAUGAAGUCAACUGCUUAAUAUGUGGGACAGAAUCUAGAAAAUUCGACCCAUUCCUAGACCUUUCACUAGAUAUUCCAAGUCAGUUCAGAAACAAACGUACUAAAAAUCAAGAAAAUGGACCAAUGUGCACACUACGAGAUUGUCUUCGCAGUUUUACAGACCUGGAGGAACUUGAUGAGACAGAGCUGUACAUGUGUCAUAAAUGCAAAAAGAAACAGAAGUCCACCAAAAAAUUCUGGAUUCAGAAACUACCAAAGGUGCUAUGCUUACACUUGAAACGAUUUCACUGGACAGCAUAUCUAAGAAACAAGGUUGAUACUUAUGUUGAGUUUCCCUUACGAGGCCUAGACAUGAAAUGCUACCUGCUAGAGCCUGAAAACAGUGGCCCAGAAAGCUGUCUCUAUGACCUUGCAGCUGUUGUUGUGCAUCACGGUUCGGGCGUUGGAUCUGGACAUUACACUGCGUAUGCAGCUCACGAAGGUCGUUGGUUCCAUUUCAACGACAGUACUGUAACUCUGACCGACGAGGAGACUGUGGUAAAGGCAAAGGCCUACAUCCUCUUCUAUGUGGAACGGCAAGCCAAAUCUGGAUCAGAUAAACUUUAAUACCUCCUUUUAAUUCUCACUUAUCAAGUCCACAGGACGAAACAUUUCCAUUUUUCCAUAAAUACUUGAUCCAAGACUAUUAAUUUCAUUGUGCACUUUUCAAUUUCCUCUUGUGGGUUUUAGUUUCGUCAUGUCCGUGGUAGCAUUUGACUUACUGAACUUGGACACAAACUAACUUUUUUUAGUUAUACCAGAAAACCUCAGCAGAUUUUGAUUUGCUGCUUUAGUUGUGAUAACUCAAUUUUUAUAUAUAUAUAGUUUCAUGAAAUACCUAGUUAUUUGACUUUUUUUAUAUUAAUGUUUCCAGUUCUCACUUUCUAAAGGCACAUUUACAUCAGAGAGAAGCUUUCUGUUCUCCUUACAAGCAAGACAAAUGUGCUUAUGAUCACAAAGAGCAAUAUAACUCUGGAUUGCUCUCACAGCUGUUCUAUAGAUCAAGGAAUUGAUUGCACGUAAUAUUUUAUCUCGUGCAAGAAAGUAAGCUGUGACCUCUGACCAAUCUUUGUCUGCAGAAGAGAUGAGAUGCGGCAUCAUUAAGUAGACCAGGUAAUUGCUGCUAUAGCUGCUAUAUUGGUGUGUAUUCAGGCUGCUGAAUUUCAUGAAUUGUUGUAAAUAAACAGUUGGUUCGAUUGUAUCUAUACUGCAGAUUAAUUCAAGUAUUCUUCACGUAUGCUCUUCUCUCCCCUAAAACUUUUAAAAAGUUACCUUAAAAUAUAUACAUCUAAAUUGUCUUUAAGAUUUAUUUUACUUUUUUUUUUUCUAAAUCAGACUUGAAUUGUUAAGAGUUGUGUCUUUUUUUUAGACUGUAAUCCUGAACUUUGAUCAUGAAUGCUUACUUGCUUUAAAACUCGGACACUUGCAGGCAGUGGGACCCCAGCUCUCUUUCCAGCUGGUGACUGGGAGCACAGCCCCUAACUCGGGGUUCUGAGAGCAGCCCGAGGUCUGACUAUCUUCUGUCCACCCCAGUGCCUAUAGUUCACUUGAGACUGAAAGGAAGUGGACAGAGUUUGAGACGCUUGGUGUGAAUUUUAUCAGUUCAAAUACAAACUAAAGGGAAAACAGCCUGAUGUGUAAUCCAGAACCACUUGUUGACUGGAGCAGAUUCGGGUAAGCUGUAGUAUUCAUUCAUUAGCCUGGUGUGGGAUCUUUAUUUUCAGUCUCAAGCUUUACACUGAAGGCACGAUACAAACUGUAAGACCUGACUAUGUCAUGGAGAAACAGAGCUGGUCGAAGUUCUCAGCUCUGCUCCUCUUCCACAUAGCGCAAGUCAGAUCAUCUCUGCUAGUGAGAUUUAAAUAAGGUGGACAGUAAAAACUACAUUGCAAAAUCCAGGAAUUCAGGAAACACCUGAAAUCUGACAAAUGUUCCAUUUCAGUGCUUUCCUUGCACGCCACCCUUUCAAGUUAUCCCCUCCUGCCCAGCAGCUAACUGGACAGUCCUGCCAUCUCAAAAGCCUGGUGGUAAGAAUAGCGGUUCACUUCAUGCAGAGCAUGGUGUCAGUAAAAUAUACUAGCCUGAAAGCACCCAAGAACUGAAGUUUAACAUGCGAGUACUCUUCAUUUAAUGCUUCUAAAAAGACAUAGUAUGCAGUAAAAAUUUCCCCACAAAUUGUACUAUAUAGCUCAACCUAGUGCAUGUGGGUAAGCUCCCAUUUCCUUGCUGUGGGUUACCUUGUAGUUGUGCACUGACAAAAUAUAAAUAGAAAUCACAAUCAGGUGAGUUCCUUUUAAAUGUCAGUCUUAGGGUUUUUUCAGAUCAUCUUAAACUAGGAGAGAUUGACUUACUUAAUACAAAGCUGCAGAAAAUGUUCUACGUUGCUAAUUGUGUAUGAAUAUGCGAACUGAACAUUAGUUAAAACCUACUGUGAUUAUCUGAUACCUUACUGAGACUGACUAUAUAUAUAUAUUAAAAUAUAUAUAUAAAUGUCUCUUCAAGCUGAACAAUAAAUAGAACUCUUAACUGUUUAAAUUCUAGAUAGCUCGUUACUUCCCAUUUCUCAGUUUCACGCAGCCAGAAUUUGCUCUGCUCCCAGGAGAUGGAUGGUGACAUCUGCCAGGGUUCACUGUCGUGUGGGACGUGAAAUAUUUCUUACAUUUAAACCCUGGAGAGCAGCCCUGCUGCUCCCGGCAGGGGUGCUGAGUCAAUUCUAUCUAUGUCUGCAUGCUACCUGGCUUGCAUUGCUUUAGCAUUUUAGUUUGGGGAAUACGAAUCUUAAACUGCCAACUAGCUGUGGGCUAGAAACAGUUUAACUUGCAGGAGGCAGGUGUAUGCAGCGUUCUUGCAAACUAGUGAUGUAAAUGUGCCUUUCUGUAAUUGUAAGAACUUACUUACUUAAAUUAAAUUUGUAAUCUUCAGCGCCAUUCACUUACUUGUUUUAAGCAGCUUCUAUUUCUGUUAAUUUCUGGGGUCAGACCAAUUUCUAACGUAAGCAUUUACUUCUUUCAGUAACAUUUUCGCUAUAACAUUAAGGUCUUGGGCAACGGUAUCCAGCAUGGUCCAUGUCCUGAUGUGGCCAUGGGAACACAGUGCAAUCACGUCGGCCUUGUUCUUGCAGCAUGUGGUGAUACGGACUUAGCCAUAUGCUCUCCUGGAACAAGGACAUUGUAAACCCUUUCCUAAUUUAACUUUCUCCCACUGCAAAACCAGAUGGACAGUCUGAACAGUUUGUUGUGGCAACACAAGUAUUUCUCUUCCUGGUGGAGAACUUUGCUUAUCCACUGUAUUCUAUUCAGUGUGGUGUCAGAAGAAGAAAAAACAAGUAAGCACUGAACCAGUAACCUAUACUGCACCUGGCCUAGUAUUACAUUUUUAACCUUACUUGUAUAGCCUAUAUUUAUCUACUAGCUUGUGGGAGGGGAGGGAUCUCAUUUCAUUUAAGCCAAAUGUGUCUACUUACUGUUCAUCAUAGUACACGCUAACAGGUAAGAAUUUGUCUUGCUUGGGACUGCUCUGCAAGCAGCAACUGCUCUCUGCAGUUCAGAGACUUGCAUAUUUUUCACCAGAAUUUGUCUGAUCAAGGGUUAUCCUUUUUUGUUAGUCACUGUUUAGCCAUGUAUACAACUGGAGAUGUGAUCUGUGUAAAACAGAGCUGCAGAAUGCCCAGCUCUCAGAAUGCUUCUGCUCUAGGGUGUUGCAUAGUGAGCUGUGAAGUGCAGCAUUAUGCAAAAUGCUACAGCAUGGACAGAGCUCCUUCUCAUUGUGUGAUCAGAAGGGGCAUUUCCAGGUGUUAACAGCUGUGUGAGAUGAGUUUAAAACUUCUAGGGAUGGGGGACAAUGAACGUGUUUCAAAAGCAGAAGACCAUUUAUAAGGAUUUUGCUAAAGCAGUGGAAAGCAUAACACUUGGUGUUCAGCAGCUUCCCCUGUGUUUCAUUGUGUCUGUGUCUUACUGAUGAGGUAAUCGGCACCUUGAAAAUUGAUUCCAGUGUGCUUUAGGAUAUCCUCAAGUACUGUAGUGCCAUAGCUGUAAUUGUUUACCAUUAAAAUUGUGUGUAAUUUUCAGUGA